AUGUUCAUCAGAAGCGUUGAAGAACUAACGUUGAAGAACGUUAGCUGGCCCUUUCCGUUGGUGGGCGAGUUUAAAGAUCCGUCUAGAAACAGAAGCUAAGCUAACUAUAACUGUGCGCUGCGUGCUUUAGCUAGCUAACGUAAGAUGUUUCACUGCAGGUUAACUUAAGUUAUAUAUAAAUUUUGUUUAAUUUUUUUAUUAUUAUUUUAUAAAUGUUGGGGAUUCUGCAUUGUUUUUUGUCUUACAGCAUAUUUUAGUUUUAGCAUCGUUUGAAUUUAUCUAAGUCCUCAGUCAAGAUGUUUUUGCAUAAAAGUGCAGUCUUGUGGAUUUAUACGUAGCUAAACAGAGCUAUCUUGUUUUUGGUACUAUUUUAUUUUAUUUACUUACUUGUAUUAUAUUAUAACUUUACUUGCAGUAGGUCAGCAGCAGCUCAUAUAGCUUAGCUAGUCAGCUAGCUAACACUAUCCACUACCUACGUUUGGGUCCCAUUCCCUGAGACAUGUUCCGUAGGUGGAGGUAGUGUUUUUUAGGCGACGCAGGAAGUGUAGUUAGCGUAUCUGUCAAACGAUAUGAUAUGGCGCACUGUCUGUAUAGGAGGGAGUUGAUUCGAGUUGGUUCAGUUUGAAAUUACUCGUUUUUGACAUCUGAGAGGUGCUUGAGUUAAACUGCAUCCAGCUAACUUACAAGAUCUGUGUUUUUCAGCAGCACAACUUUUUUUUGGUGUGAAUUAAGCUGAAAGUGCACAGUCAUCUUAGAUCAAAGUCCACUGCUUCCCUAUUGUGUCUCGUUCGGAUCCUGUCUUUAAUUCUUCCACACAUGGCAGAUCCGAGCGCUAACGCUGGGGACGGCCUCCUCCCCCAGAUUCUGAACUUUAAUGUGGGUGUCCUGGGCCAUGUGGACAGCGGGAAGACGUCUCUAGCCAGGGCUCUGAGCAGCACCGCCUCCACCGCUGCCUUCGACAAGAACCCGCAGUCCAAAGAGAGAGGCAUCACCCUGGAUCUGGGCUUUAGCGCCUUCACCGUCCCUUUACCGUACCACCUUAGAGAGGCCUGCGGGGAGAGAGCGUACCACAGCCUGCAGUUCACACUGGUGGACUGUCCGGGGCAUGCCUCACUCAUACGGACCAUAAUUGGAGGUGCUCAGAUUAUUGAUCUGAUGCUGUUAGUGGUUGAUGUGGUAAAGGGCAUGCAGACACAGACUGCAGAGUGUCUCCUGAUUGGUCAGCUCACCUGCUCCAGGAUGAUUGUCAUUCUUAAUAAAAUUGACCUGUUGCCUAGUGACAAGAAACAGAGUGCCAUCGAUAAGAUGACAAAGAGGAUGCACAAAACUUUGGAGAACACAAGGUUUAAAGGUUGCCCUGUCAUUGCUGUGGCAGCAAAGCCAGGGGGUCCGGAUGCUCCAGACACGGAGGAAGGACAGGGAAUUACUGAGCUUAUAGAGUUGCUAAAGACUCAGGCUUUCCUGCCUAAGAGAGAUCCAUCUGGUUCCCUGCUUAUGGCUGUGGAUCACUGUUUCUCCAUCCGUGGACAGGGAACAGUCAUUACAGGCACCAUUCUACAGGGGGCGCUGCGCGUCAAUGACACACUGGAGAUACCUGCACUUAAGGUCACCCGGAAGGUGAAGUCAGUACAGAUGUUUCGUAAGCCAGUUCCUAGUGCGAUACAAGGAGACCGGGUUGGUGUGUGUGUGACACAGUUUGACCCAAAACUGCUGGAACGUGGUGUGGUGUGCACACCUGGCUCCCUGCGAACUCUUUAUGCUGCCAUAAUUUCUGUGCAUAAGAUUGAAUACUACCGUGGUGCACUUAGCAGCCGUUCAAAGUUCCACAUCACCGUUGGACAUGGAACAGUCAUGGCACGUGUGUCAUUCUUCAGUAGGGUGUCUCGCAGCAUCCCGUCUGGAGCCUCAGAUGGAAGUCCCUCAGAGCAGGGCAUGGACUCUUUCUCCUUUGAGUGGGAGUUUCAUCACCAGGAGGAGUUUUUGAGCAGUCCGGGAGAAACUGAGGGGAAGGAACCACAGCAGUGGGCGUUACUGGAGUUUGAGCAGCCAGUAACAUGUCCACCACUUUCUUUGGUGAUUGGCUCACGGCUGGACUCUGACAUACACGCUAACACAUGUAGGCUUGCAUUUCAUGGAAAGCUUUUGGAGGGCUUUGAGGACAAGAACUACACAGAGACUACAUUACCGAAACUCAAAAUAAGCAAAGACAAGCAUAAAGAGGGAGCAGUGGAACGGGUGAUGGACGACUACACUGUGAUUGGCAGAAACCUGUUUAAAAAGGAGACCAACCUUCAGCUAUUUGUGGGAUUAAAGGUCACACUUUCAUCAGGAGAAACGGGGAUCAUCGAAGGCAGCUUUGGUCAGAGUGGGAAAAUCAAAAUUAGAGUGCCAGAGGGAUUAAAAGAAGAAACAAAGCAGCUACUUUCCUCUUCCUCCAAGAAAAAAGGAAAGGGUGGGACUAAAAAUGAACCAGCAAAAGAGGAAGAAGCCAAGAUCGACUCUCAGCCAAUCGCCAUCCAUCUGAACUUUAAAAGAUAUGUCUAUGACCCCCAUAAAAAGAUGGUGCAGUCCUGACUUACAGGACUAACUGUUACAGAAUAAGAGAAGGAAGCUGAUGUUUAAGUAAAGUCUUGUUGGUUGUCUGAGGUAUUGAGUGCAUGGAUGUCAAAGGGUUGUAAGAAGCUCUCUGGGGGUUUGGUUGCUUGGUUUGUAUUCUAUUUUUUGGCACAAUUUUCUCGUGAUAAAAUGCUCAACCCUGGAAAUAAAGACAUCUGCAUGUGAA